AUGACCUUUAGCAAGUACACGUCGCUACUUACUUGUUUGAGCCCGUUGCUGGUGGGAGCGCUGGUGUCGCUACGGCCCUGUGUCGGUUCACUGCUGCACCUGUUGUUGUCGUGGCUAUGGAUGCCUGGACAAGUUCGGGGACGUUCUCGGGCUAUUCGACGCCUUCAUAGUUUCGCCACGAGUCUCAGCUUAGGAUAUGCCUUGGUGUGGAUUCUGGUAUAUUUGGGGCUGCGGUUCAGUGGACUUACUCGAAUGGACAACGUGUGGACACUCGAUCGGAGCCAGACUCAUGCGACGCGCGUAACAGCGUCUGCACUGGGCAUUCCGCCUUGGUCACCCGCUUCGGAUGUGUUUCUUCAUCUAUUGUGUGGAAUCCUUGCCUGGUUUGCGUACCGCUAUGGUGAAGACGAGGCCGUCUCUGCAACACUAGAGCGCGGGAGGCUGCUCUGGAGUCAGGUGGCCAAGGUUUCCUGGCUUGUACUCGUCGCUUCGCUGCCGCCAAGCAUCCCAUCGGCGCUGCUCUACACGCUGCUGGUGCUUGCCACACUACUUUCAGACUCUGGACAGCGUCGCCCGAUAGCCAGUCGUGGAGGCGCAACGAAAGAGACCUCGGGACGCGUGCCGCGUGGUGUCGCUAGGCGUCGCCUGCAGGCUGUGGUGCUCACAACAGCCCUUGUUCUUUGUGCGCUCCAUACGGUGGCGAGUUUCGUGUUUCAGUGGGCGUGGAUUCGGAGCACACCGGCGUCCGAGUCAGUAUGCGGCCAGCUUUUUGGUCUGCAGGUCCUACAACGUGAGCGCUUCGUAACCGCUCGCGGUGCGGCGCUGGUGCUGCUCGCUUCGUGGCGCCUGCUCAGUCUGAGGGAACCCAUGCUGGUGACCUGGAAAGCAUCAGGAAUGGGUACUCCUCGCGCUGCUGCAGUGCUUUCAUUCAUGGUUACAAUGAUGCUGUGCUCGCAUUGGCCAGGAAUUUUCGCCUUGGUGUUAGCAGGUCUGGCUGAACUCGCGGUGCUGCUGACCGGGGUCUCGGUUUGGCAGACAGUGAUGCGCAUUCUUGCUGCGGUUGCCACGAUCCUUAUCGGACUUGUCGCUUUCAUUUUGGGAAUCAUUGCGACGGUGGCAAAGCGUACUGUGCCGACGUUCUGGGGGUUGCCUCUCGUGGGCCGGUCCCUCUUGUGGAAUGCCUGGCUCGUGUUGUGUCCGCUCCUGUGGACACAGCAGCGGCUGCCCACGGAGCAGAAAUCGAAUCCACUGGGACGCCUGCUACCCAGCGAGUACGUGCCCCAGUACGUUGCUUGGUUGCUUCUGGUUGGCGCACUUGCAGCCUUGGUGCAAGACUGGCUGCUCGGUGUGCUGGUGGCAGUACUCGCCAUCGGCGUACGAACUGGAAAGGUAAGGCACCUGGAGGCAUGGGUGUGGCUGCCGCUGCACGGCUGGGCUGCUCUGAUUUGGAGCCUGCGUUGCGGACUUUGCGGUUUCCAGUCCGGUAUCCUCGCCGAGUCGUGUAUCCGGUCACCCCAGCAGUGUUAUGUAUGGGUUGCGCUUGCGGCAACAACUGCCGCUGGAUGGGUGUUCCGCGUGCAGCCGCAGGUCUCGGCGGAUCCCGAAAGAAACGAUUAA